UCCGCGAUCGAAAGCUCCAGCGAAUGCACCACGGGUGGAUGUACCAAGGUAAUCAAUUUCGUGUGUGGAAGUAACUGCGUCACCUACUUGAAUCAGUGUGAGUUCGACAGCGACAACUGCAUCAAAGGGUUGACCUUGAAAGUGGCGCACAAGGGCAUGUGCCGGAGGGGUGAAGGUGGAAAAUAA